AUGUCACGCACCAUCCUCAACCGUCUGAAUGCGAGCAGACCGUACAUAUGCGCCGAAUGUACGGCUCGACUGACACCGCAUCGACUGCGACGAUAUGCAUCACUACCAAUGGCAGCACCUAAACGAGGUGUCUUGAAGCUCCUCGAGCAGCGAGGAUAUGUCAAUCAGAUCGCUGGUGAUCGCAACGCCCUCGAAGGCCUCCUCGAUACAAGACAAGUCGGCUUCUAUGCAGGCAUCGACCCCACCGCGCCAUCGCUCCAUCUUGGCCAUCUUCUCCCGCUCAUGGUCCUCUUCUGGCUCUACCAGCAUGGCCACCAUACUGUCAGUCUUGUGGGAGGCGCGACGGCGAAGGUGGGCGACCCCAGUGGCAGACUCACGUCGCGGGCGAAGACUGCAGAGGCUGUGACCGAGUCAAAUCUUCAGGCUAUGCAUGCUCAGGUCGCGCAGCUUUGGCAAAAUGCCAUACAAUAUGGGAUCAGACAUGGGCAAGGCGGAGAAGGCGUGGGCAGGAAGGAGUUAUUGAACAACGCGCAGUGGCUGGACAAUCUGAAUAUACUCCAGUUCUUGAAGCUGAUGGGCAAUGGCAUGAGGGUGGGUACCAUGCUGGGUCGAGAUACUGUACGAAACAAGAUGGAAAAGGGCGACGGCAUGUCCUUCUCAGAGUUCACGUACCCACUACUGCAGGCCUGGGAUUGGUGGCAGAUGUAUCAAGAUCGAGGAGUGCAGAUCCAAAUUGGAGGUAGCGACCAGUAUGGGAACAUCAUCGCUGGUAUCGACGCCGUAAAGUACAUCAGUCAACAAAACGAGCAAACUCCAGCCAACGAGCAUCUGCGGCAGGAGAGAUCGCCAAUGGGUCUCACGGUACCUCUACUGGCUACGUCGAGCGGUGAGAAGUUUGGAAAGAGCGCUGGCAAUGCGGUAUGGCUUGAUCGCAACCUGACGUCGCCGUUCGAUCUAUAUGGAUUCCUGCUACGCUCCACCGAUGAUGACGUUGAGCGAUACCUGAAUCUAUUCACUUUCGUGACGAAUGACCAGAUUGCAGCUAUCAUGAUCGAACACAGGGCAGAUCCAGGGAAGCGGAUAGCUCAGCAUCUGUUGGCAAGCGAAGUGCUGGAGCUUGUCCAUGGUCCCGAAGAAGCCAUAAGAACACGAGAAGAGCAUGAAACCAUGCGACGGCCGACUGUAGCCUCCCUCAUGAACCAGAAUGCCGGCAACACGGACACCCAGCAAGCUGCGGCCGCGAAUCAGCACAUAGCGUUACCGAAAUCCCUCGUACUGGAUGCACCCUUUUCUCGCAUCCUGUACCACGCUGGGUUGGUAGCAACCAAAUCCGAAGGAGCUCGUGCUAUCUCGAAAGGCGGCGCCUACGUUGCCACUUAUACUCAAGGCACAGAAAGCGAGCUCAACUUUGUGCCUAUUAAAGACCAGCGUCCUGCCGACAUUGCCAGCCUUUCAAUAGACGGCAUUCUGAUCUUGCGCCUGGGCAAGUGGAAGGUUCGUGUGAUCAAGGUCCUGGAUGAUAAGUAG